AUGGCAGAGUCCGCAGCAGAGCAGCUUGGUGAUGACAAAGCGAAAUUACAUGCACCAUGGGGAGAUAGUGAAAAUCAAUCGGACGAACGUCCGGAACCAAAGAAACUGAUUAUAAAUGACUUUGAUUCUGCAUAUGUGAAGUUAGCUAAAAGUGGCGGGCACAAAGGUCUGUUGGAAUACAACGCUGCUAAAGGGAGUGUAGAGGCAAAAAGCUAUACUCGUCCUGGAUGGUUUGAUCAUGAGCAUCCAUGCUCACCAGCUGAGAACAGAGACGUUUCGGCUACAUCCCACCUGCCAGAUUACAUGGUGUAUGACGCACCUACUGUGCCACAAGUGAACCUUACACCGAAGUCAGAAGCCCGCCCACCGCCAUUCUCACUGCAGGAUGAUAUGAGUGUGUUCAAGAGAGAGGGAAAGGCUGCGACUGAUAAAAGUGUCCGCAUCUCUGGUGACAGACGACCAACCAGAAGACAUGCUGAUAAAAUAUGGAAUCCAGAACCUGCAAAGCCUGUCAAACCUCUACAGGCCAGCCUUACAAGUGUUCAUGACAAAAUUCCAAAGAAACACAUGCCGCCUGCUCCUUAUGAGGUGGAACCAGUGAAUAUGGCAAAGCUGUUGGCGGGUGAUUAUCAAAAGAGUGGCAAGAUCAUCACGAAAAAUGGAUUGGAAAACAGCUGA